AUGUCUACAAUUAACAACACGACACUUAAGGCCUAUUAUUCGAACCUUACUUUUUUACUCGACUUUCUUCGACUCCACCAUGACGAAAACGUCGAGUUACUCAAGGAAGAUGAUGAAUCCGAAUAUAAGAAACUUCUUAGAAACACAGUUAUAACUGCUGACACAACCCAAAGUUUUCCUCGAAUUACGAGGGAGCAACAAGAUUUGGACUCUAAGAGAGGUUCUGGCCUUGACUCUACUAUAAACCAGGCCAUUGCUAUCCUGGUUAAUCGGUCUGACAAAAAGUCGACCAGUAACGUGGUACGUUUUGGAUUUGCUAGGCCAAAAGCUUUGAACUUACAAGGAUUUAGAUUAACCGGCAUCAACUCCACAGUUGAUUAUAUGAGAAAAUCACGGGCCUGGUUGAAACUAUAUAUGAGGAUCGGCCAUGAACCUAUGAUUUUCUUAUUGACCAAUUUUUCUAUAUUCCUUGAACUUCAAAAUGGAUGCUACGUUCAAUUAGCAGGACAAGCUAUAAGCAAUUUGCCAAUACCACAAAGCUUGCCAUCUUCUAAGAACAAAAAGCGAGUUUAUGAGGUUGGUCCAGUUCCUAGCCCACAAAUUUCUACUUCAAGCCCUUCUCAGACUCAAGAUGGUUAUUCGUAUUUUCAGAGUUCUAGUAUAAUUGGGUCACAAAAUGUCAGCCAAAAUGAUCUUACAAGCGAUCGAACUACUUCCUGGAAGAGUAUGCUAUCGCAGGACAUCAAUCCCAUCUCUAAACGUCGAAGCGAUGUUCUUACCUUUUUCAGAAAGCUACAUGAAGAAGAAAAUAAAGCAUUUACACAAAGUUAUGAUUCGAUGUCAUCGCUCCCUUCUCAAACCACUACUGAGAGUAGCUCACAAAAUGAUACUCUUUUUUUCUCUCAAAGUACAUAUGAGACAAGUUCACAAAUCACGACGCUGUGUUCUACAAGUUCUGAAAUUGAUAUGAUUAAUGAUGCGAAUGAAUCUAGUAGCAUUAGCAAAGGAGGGAAACUACUAAUCUCAAAUGAUAACGCUUCAACUGGGCUAAACGACAAGGUCAGGACAUGGAUAGAAGAACCGAGUCCUAUAGAAGCUAUGCUUCCUAACAAAGAGAUGAAGGAAGAAGAUACUGAAAAUGAAAGCAUGAAAUCAAUCUCUGUCGAACCAAAAAUUGAAGAUGCAUCAUCAAAUUACGCCAAGUUUAAAGAACAGACUAAAGGAAUGUUUCUCAAAAUUAUGGAUGCAAUGCAUUCCGAUAAAAAGACUAGGAAAGAAGAUACAGAAUCAUAUCAAGUUGGGGUUAGCGACGAGUCUACCAUGUUUGAUGAAAAUAAAAAUCCAGUGACUCCGAAAAAGCGUCCAAUCGAGAAUGUUCAAGAAAAUUCUUACAAGGCUAUCAUUUUGAAUAAUCACGAAGUGGUUAAAGUAAGCACAAUAUCAAGGGAUGUCAAAGAAACUAAAGAUAUUAUAUCAAAUGUUUCCAAUGUCGAUAAUGAGUUGGCCGUGUCAAAUGAAGAUAAUUAUCUUAAGACUCAAAGGAAACGCUCAAUAGAGGAUGCAAAUCAGAACAAAGAAACCUCUUCUAAAGCAAUUGUUUUGAACGACCGCAAAGUUUUGAAAAUAUCUAACACGGUUUCUUUAUCAAGUUUGUGCUUUUCCCGGUCCAUCAUGUUUUUUAGUUCUCCAACCUAUAAUAACAAUGGCCUUUGUUAUGGCCUUCCGAAAGAACACAUCCUUAACGUAGCUAAGUUUUCUAAAGAGGACGUUAUGUUAGAUUCCGUGACACGUCAUAUUUUUCCAAGACAAUUUGGCCUCAGGAACGCAUUCACUAAUGAAGGAGCUUCAUCUCCCGAUUCAUUACAUCACAUUUAUAUUAAUAGGAAACUCAAUGAUUCGCAUUAUGAAAUUCCGGAUCGUCUACAACAUAUUCUUCCGUAUGUUGAUCGCAUAAUCAAACAUCAUAAAAUUUGUCAUUAUAAAAAUUUACUUGACCAGAACUGUCCAAUCCAAGUUGCAAAGUUUGUUAAAUCAAUAUUGGAUUUUAUAAUACCACUAGAAUUUUGGGGUGGCAAAAAUAACAAGACCGUAAUUUAUAAAAUGGUCAAAGUUAUUAUUGAGCGUCGUCGUUUUGAAGCUUUGUCGAUGCAUGAAGUUCUUCUAGGUUUUAAGAUCAAGGAAUGCCAAUGGCUUGUGCCACCUGGUGGUGAAAAUUCUUGCAAUAAAUUGGAAGCGUUGAAACGCUCUGAGAUAUUGCAUGAAUUUGUCUGGUGGACUUUCGAAUGUGUUGUAAUCCCGCUUCUUAAGAUAAACUUUCAUAUAACGCAUAGCAUAACGGAAAAAUAUAGGCUGUUCUACUAUCGACAAGAAGUUUGGUCAGAGAUGUCUAAACGAAGUAUUGAACCCUUGUUAGGUUCUGUAUUUGAAGAGAUCCCAUCAGAGAUAGUACCUGAAAUAUUAGAAGGCAAGACAUUGGGUUGUUCUGAAGUAAGAUUUGUUCCUAAAGAUAAUAAAGGGAAGCUUAGACCUAUUGUUAAUAUGAGACGUCCAAUGUGUAAAAAUGUAGAUCUAUCAAGCAAAACUACUCGUCAAGGUUCGAAAAAGCCACAAUCAAUUAAUGCUAUUUUGAACACAACUUUUCAAAUUUUAAAGCAUGAAAAGCAGAAUUUGGUUAAUAAAGUUAAUAACGACAAUUUUGAGCUUUAUUUUGCUAAAGUUGAUGUAAAAUGCUGUUUUGAAUCGAUUGACCACAAUAAGCUCAUGGAAAUAAUUCACGCCAAUGUUUUCACCGAAAUUCAGUCACAAUAUGUAGUAAACCGGUAUGAAAUGGUUCAUCCAAAAGGGGGCGAAAUUCGUAGAAGGAAUGGUCAUUAUGUUCAUAAUGGAGAGGAAUUUGUAAUUUUUCCAAAAUAUGCUAAUGAAUUGGCUCAGAGAUAUAAGAAUGCAAUCCUUGUUGAGAACGUAAGAGAAUCAUAUAAGGAUCUAGGAGACGUCCUUGAACAGCUGGAAGAGCAUAUUCAACAUAACGUUAUAAAGUCCGAAAACAAAUAUUAUUUACAAAGGGUAGGCAUUCCGCAGGGGUCAAUAUUAUCAUCGUUAUUAUGCAGCAUUUAUUAUGGAGUUAUGGAGCGGUCCGAACUCCUAUUUGUAAAAGACGAUGACGGAGUUUUGCUCCAUUACAUUGACGAUUUCUUGUAUAUUAGCACAAACAAGGAGGAUGUCAUAAAAUUUAUUACGACCAUGCACAAAGGGCAACCUGAAUAUCGGUGUAUUAUUAAUAAGAAUAAAAGCAUGGUAAACUUUGAUCUGGAAAUCUCCGAUGAAAUAAUAAAGAAAGCUGAUAAUUUCGAUUUUCCAUGGUGUGGUUUGCUCCUUAACACCCGCACCUUGAAUAUCAAGGCUGAUUAUUCUCGAUACUUAAACACCCAUAUUUCCAAUAUCUUGAAUAUGACUAUAAAGAAAGGAAGCCAUGGUGAAUUUUUAAAACAUAAAAUGCUCGAAUCUGUGACAACAAAGUGUCAUCAUAUCUUUUAUGACGCUUCGUUGAAUACCAAGGAAAACAUCUUGUUGAACAUAUACCAGAACUUUCUCAUGGCGGCAAUGAAAUUCCAUAAUUAUGUAAAAGGAAUGUCUAGGCAGGGCUCCCAACAAAACGAAGAAUUUGAAGCUGAAGUGGUUCACAACACCUUUGACUCAGCAUAUCGGGUACUGAACAAAUAUAGUGGAUGCACUUUUAAAAAAGAGGAAAUUGUGUGGCUUGGUGCUUAUGCAUUUCGACACAUUUUAGAAAAAAAAGUCGAUCAUCGGGGCGUAUAUCAUCAGGGCGUACUCGUUCAACUCGAGAAACUUUUCAAAGAUUCCCAGGCACGUCAAGAAUUUGUUGAAAAUUUUUCGUUCUCUGUUAUUUUGACGCAAUUUUUACUUGCGAAAAUGUCUAAAACCAGUCUUAGCAACAAAAUUUCCAUUCAAGACAUUGAUGUCAAAAAUAAACGUGUUUUGAUUCGCGUUGACUUUAACGUUCCUUUCCAAGAUGGCAAAAUAUCCAAUAAUCAACGUAUCGUCGCAGCUUUACCUACUAUUCAAUAUGCUUUGGAAAAUGGAGCUAAAGCUGUUAUCCUAAUGUCUCAUUUGGGUCGUCCAAAUGGAAAAUCAACCCCUAAAUAUUCAUUGAAACCUGUUGCCGAUGAACUCGGUCGUUUACUUGAGAAAGAAGUUUUGUUUUUAAAUGAUUGUGUAGGCCCCGACGUUGAAUCUGCAGCGUCCAAUGCAACUGGAGGUCAAGUUAUCCUACUUGAAAACCUCAGAUUUCAUAUCGAAGAAGAAGGUUCUGCCAAAGAUGAUGCAGGAAACAAAGUCAAAGCCAAACCCGAAGAAGUAAAUAAAUUUCGAGCAUCUCUUUCAAAACUUGGAGAUGUGUAUGUCAAUGAUGCUUUUGGAACGGCACAUAGAGCACAUAGUUCCAUGGUCGGUGUAGAACUUCCCAAUCGCGCUGCUGGCUUCUUAUUAAAAAAGGAACUAGAUUUCUUUGGCAAAGCUUUGGAAAAUCCCGAAAGACCUUUCUUGGCCAUUCUUGGAGGCGCCAAAGUUUCUGACAAAAUUAAAUUGAUUGAUAACCUCCUCGACAAAGUUGAUUCCAUGAUAAUUACAGGUGGAAUGGCUUUCACUUUCAAGAAAACCCUUGAUGGUGUAAAGAUUGGAAAUUCUUUAUUUGAUGAAGAAGGUUCCAAGACAGUUGCUAAUUUGGUUGAAAAAGCCAAAACAAAAGGAGUGAAUUUGGUUUUCCCAAUAGAUUAUGUAACAGCAGACAAAUUUGACAAGGAUGCUAACACUGGAUAUGCUACGGAUGAGACAGGAAUUCCAGAUGGAUGGUUAGGAUUAGAUUCAGGAGAAAAGACAAAUGAACUUUUCAGAAAAGCAAUUCUUGAGGCUAAAACUAUACUAUGGAAUGGUCCUACAGGGGUAUUUGAAUUUGAUAAAUUUGCAGUUGGUACAAAAUCGGCCUUAGAUGCAGUAAUUCAAGCCACACAAAAAGGAGCUACAACUAUUGUAGGUGGUGGUGAUACUGCAACUGCUGCCGCUAAAUGGAAUGCUGAAGAUAAGAUUUCACAUGUAUCAACUGGUGGCGGUGCUUCUCUUGAAUUACUUGAAGGCAAAGAAUUGCCUGGAGUUUCUGCUCUUUCUGCAAAACUAUAA